AGUAGGGUGCGGAAGUCGGAUAAUCUGGUUGGCCAAUCGCGCUAGUCUUCUUCUCAGGUGUAAACCGGUUUUGUUUGCGACUGAGAAGUUUCGGUGGGGCGCAGUGACUAAGGCGCUGAAUGAUCUGAUUCUGUUUUUAUUUUGUAAUAAUCAAGGAAAACAUUAAAGGGGAUGUUUGGUGUCUGUCUCAUAUUGGCAGGUGUGUCUGCUGCAGCUGGCAUACAGGUGUCAAUUCCGCAGCCUGAGUAUGAGGUUGCCAGGGGCGACAACGUCACGCUCCCGUGUCAAUUCAAACCUGACAUCAGCGACCCUCAGCUCAUCGUGGUCUCCUGGAGUACCCUUUCUGAUGAAGCCGGGGAGAAAGGGACGCCCGUUGCCACGUAUUUCGAGCCGCCUGGAACCCUGGACGUCAGGCCUCAGUUUGAGAAAAGAAUCACCAUGACGACCGACCUUUCGACCGGGAGAGCGGACCUGCUGCUCACGAGCGUCACUCUGGACGAGAACAAGGUGUUCGAGUGCGAGGUGAAGAUCCCCACAGACGACGUUGGCACCCUGACCGCCGCUACCCGCCUGGUGGUACUCGUGGCUCCCUCUAAGCCCAUCUGUAAAAUCGAUGGCAAGACUGAAUAUGGCCAGGACAUCAAACUGACCUGUGUGUCGGAGGAGGGGUCCCCCGUCCCCACGUACAGCUGGCAGAGACGCAGUGUUCAGAACCUCCCCGCGACCAUGCCAGCCAAAACUACUGAGGCGAAUGGCCUUCUGUCUCUCUUCAAUAUCUCCAUGGAGACUUCUGGAUAUUACAUCUGCACCUCUACUAACAAGAUACGUUCUGCAAGCUGUAACAUGACACUCACAGUCAUGCCCCCAUCCAUGAACAUCGGCUCCACCGCGGGGAUCAUCGGGGGCUGUGUGGCUGGUCUGCUGGUGCUUGUGAUCGUCAUCUACUGCUGCUGUAAGAAGAAGAAGAAGGAGGAGGAUUAUGCCAUGGGGACUAUGGAAGACGGAGCGCCCCGGGAUGAAGAUCUGGCGAAGAUUGAGGGUGAAUACCGCGACGACGUUCGGAGUGAUCGCAACGGCCCGACGGCCGACCCGAGAACGGAGUCCGACGAACGCAGCGAGAGAAACAUUAACCGCAGGGACGACUACGACGAACGCCGCGAGAGAUACGAUGACCGUCAGAGCGACUACGAUGAACGUAGGAGCGACUACGACGAACGUAGGAGCGAUUACGAUGACCGGCGUCGAUAUGACGACAGCAGAGACCGUUACCCUGAGCGACGUGAUAAAUACGAUGACCGUAGGGAUGACUAUGAUGACCGUCGUGACAGGGAGAGCGACCGUCGUGACAGGGAGAGCGACCGUCGUGACGAUUACUGAUCCAGCGAUGACUGAUGGAUGCGUUGAGCAGAGAUUAUAUUACUGUCGGCCUGACUGGUAGGGAUGAUGAUGAUGAUGAUGAAGAAGAAGACUAUUGUAACGAGUACCGCAACUCCAGUGACGACUGCCAUGACUAAUCCAGCGACCGCAGGGGCCGCUACUCCAUCCAGACAUGGAUGCUUAUUGGCUUAUUAUUAAUAAGACUGUAGUUGUUUCAGGACAGCAGGACUCUUAUCACAGGUAGAAUUAGACCCAUGAUGACCCGUACGACGACCGCUAUUAUGAUCUGGUUAAUGGGCCUGAAAAAUGGACGAAGGCAAAUGCUAAUCGCUAGGGAGGAAGGCAUUUUGGUUAUGAUGCCCCCUAGACCAAACAAGUUUGGGGGCACCUUAAGCUAACCCAGUCUAUGGCAGGCUUUUUUUUUUUCUUUUUUCUUUUUGUUAGUGUUUUAAAUAACUAAUUGUCUAAUGGAUUGUCUAUGCAGGAGUCUCUCUCUCUCUCUCUCUCUCUCUCUCUCUCUCUCUCUCUCUCUCUCUCUCUCUCUCUCUCUCUCUCUCUCUCUCUCUCUCUCUCUCUCUCUCUCUCUCUCUCUCUCUCCCUCCCCCCCUCUCCCCCUGUCUCCCUCUCUCAUUACUAUGAGUUUCUGUUCUAGUGUGAUAAACGGUUUAACAUGAGGCCUGGUGUUUAUGAUUAUGAUCAGGGAUAAUUAAGUGAAUUCAUUUAUCUGGGUGUCUUCUGUGACCCUACGUGGGUUUCAGUUUUAUGCAGGGUUUUUUUUUGUUGCUGAGUGAAUCCUGUUUUAAAUUGUAAUGUAAAUAUUUGUGGCUUUGACUGUCAGUACAUUUUUAAUGAAUUUAAUAAAUUAACCAAAUGGGUUGCA